UAUUUUCGUACAGACAUAUAUACCUAUGAGCACCACCGGAGCAAGCCGUGUUCCACUCAGUUUUGACGAUUGGUCGGUCGGGCCGAUGCCCCUCAAUGCUGCCAAGCAUGGAGAGAGAGCUGAAUUUUGGGACAGCUUUUACGGUUCGCCGACCGUCGUUGAACGGAUGAAAUUCGACGAGCACGAAGAUGGCUGCAUAGCAUACACUAAAGACCCCAUACCAACUAACACGGCGUGGCGUAUAGAGCUGUUGAAAACUACUGAGCGUUGGCAAAGAGGACUGACCAUUGGACUUACUACUGCUCUACCAGAAAAAUUACCUCCCACUCUUCCCCUCAUUAAAACCAAGAAGGACUUCAACUAUGAGAUCCGAAUCAUGGCAGCUGAAAGGUAAAGAGUUCAGCAUAAGGUAGUGUCCAAUAAGUCAUGUCAAUGU